AUGGGCAGCACCAUGGAGCCCCCCGGGGGCGGGUACCUGCACCUGGGCGCCGUGACGUCCCCGGUGGGCACGGCCCGCGUGCUGCAGCUGGCCUUUGGCUGCACCACCUUCAGCCUGGUGGCCCACCGGGGCGGCUUCGAGGGCGUCCAGGGCACCUUCUGCAUGGCCGCCUGGGGCUUCUGCUUCGCACUCUCGGUCCUGGUGGUGGCCUGUGAGUUCACCCGGCUGCACAGCUGCCUGCGCCUGUCCUGGGGAAACUUCACAGCAGCCUUCGCCAUGCUGGCCACACUGCUGUCCGCCACGGCCGCCGUCAUCUACCCACUAUACUUCACACGGCUGGAGUGCCUGCCCGAGCCCGCGGGCUGCACAGCCAGGGACUUCCGCCUGGCGGCCAGCAUCUUCGCCGGGCUCCUCUUCCUGGCCUACGCUGCAGAGGUGGCCCUGACCCGGGCCCGGCCAGGCCAGGUGGCCAGCUACAUGGCCACAGUGUCGGGACUCCUCAAGAUCGUCCAGGCCUUUGUGGCCUGCAUCAUAUUCGGGGCGCUGGUCCACGACAGCCACUAUGGGCGCUACGUGGCCACCCAGUGGUGUGUGGCCGUCUACAGCCUGUGCUUCCUGGCCACAGUGGCCGUGGUGGCCCUGAGCGUGAUGGGCCACACAGGGGGCCUGGGCUGCCCCUUCGACCGUAUGGUGGUGGUGUACACUUUCCUGGCUGUGCUCCUCUACCUCAGCGCUGCGGUGAUCUGGCCCGUCUACUGCUUCGACCCCAAGUACGGUGAGCCUGGGCGGCCCCCCGACUGCCCGAGGGGCAGCUGCCCCUGGGACAGCCAGCUGGUGGUGGCCACCUUCACCUACGUCAACCUGCUCCUCUAUGUCGCUGACCUGGCCUACUCCCAGAGGGUCCGCUUCGUGCCCACCUUGUAGCCCGACAGACAGCUGCCCCCCUGCCUCUGCUCUCCAGGGGCUCAGGCACCAGGAAGGGACCCAGGUGAACCCAGAUCUCCAGGGACAAGCCGGAGGGAGGCAGCCAGGAGAGCCAUGCCUGGGCUUCUGGCCGUCCUCAGCAGCUCAGCUCAGGGAGGGGCAGAGCGGGGACAGAGGGGCAGGAGGCCCUGAAGAGGUCAUGGGGGAAGAGUCUCUGCCAGGCAGCUCCCAGCCUUCCCCCUCCCUCUCUGUCUAUCUCUCUGCCUAUCUCUCCGUCUCUGUCUCUGUCUCAGUCUCACCAUCUCUCUCCAUUUGCUGGCAUGCCUUGCCUCAGUGCUGGCCACUGUUACACAUGAGAAACCUUUGAAGCAGGCGUUGUGACCCACUUUGCAGAUGGGGACCCUGAGGCUAGGAUUAAGAAGUUGGCCCCAAGUUUCCAUAAGUGUCUGGAGACCACAUCUGGGCUGAGUAACCUAACUAAAGUUGAAAAGGAGCGUGGUGAGCUGGCGCUUCCUCUAGCCUUGAGGGGGCAGCUCCUGGAACCCUGGAAGGACAGCUAUCCAAGCAGGGCACUGUUUGGGCAUCUGUGCCAGCUCGAGGAGAAGGAGCCGGGAAUCAAGACCCCGCCUUGCCCGCCUCUGAGUGGCCACAGCCUUGGAAGCCGAGCAAGGACUCUGGUGUGGCCACGUAGGGCAGCCUCAGCAAGCUAGAGACGGCGCAGGCUUGGAGGGGCACACAGGGGGCAGCAACACUGCCAAGAGCAGAGCAUGCUAAGGAGAAAUUUGGUUCCCAUCCAGGCAGGGAGCCACCACCGGCCCCCAUCGUCUGCCUCGAUGCAGCAGCUUCUGCAGUGCCUGCCAUGUGCUCCAGGGGUUUGGCCUGGGGCAGCUCUGACCCAGGGGAGGACCAGCCUGGGGCUGCCACCAGGACAUGGAGCCUGGGCAACAGGCACCACCCUGCUGUUCCCAGGCCCACGACCCCUGUUCAAGUGUUCAUUUGCCUGGCCGCGGACCACCAGGGCCUGCUGGGGCCACUGCCCUCCACAAUCCAGCCAGCUUCUCCCACUCAAAAGCCCAGACUGGGCCAGCCCAGAGCAGCCCACUAGCUGCCCAAGCACAGCAGCUGCUCUGCCCAUAGACUGGCCCAUGGCCUAGAGCAGGAAAUAAACACCAACGCUGAUUUGCACGGAGUAUUUUCUGCUGAGGGGAUGGUAGCCAGAGGGGGCGGUGGCCACCUGUACCUCCUAGGCCAUCCGCCAGCAUGUU